CAGGUGCUUGACUGCACGCGUGGCCCCGCAGGGCUGCACCGCUAGGCCCAGUCUCUGCCUGAGUGGUUGGUUUCGAGGGACUGGAGAUGGGAACACUCCCAGAACGUGAAAGUAUCCCCCCGUGGGUGAAAGUUCCCGAGGAACUGAAAGAUCCAGAGGUGUUCCAGGUCCAGACGCGGCUGCACGGAGCCAUAUUUGGCCCAGGCGGAUCUCAAAUUCCUUAUAUUGAACAAGUAAGCAAGACCAUGCUCGAGCUGAAGGCUCUGGAAUUUUCGGACCUCACCGAGGUGGUGGUUUACGGCUCUUACUUGCACAAGAUCCGGACCAAGUGGAUGCUCCAGUCCUUGGCUGAGUGGCACCGACAGCGACAGGAGCGCGGGAUGCUCAGACUUGAGGAAGCCAUGAACGCCCUCGAACUAGGCCCUGGAAUGAAAUGAAACCAGUUUCCAGCCCGUGGGACAGGGACCAGGAUGUGCAGAUUAGCUUUGGCCACAGCUGGAGUGGUUCUGGCUGGAAAGCCCCAGGAGUUAAGGAAAAACCAACUGUAUUUGGUUCUCUGCCUUUGCUGAGUCCUCAUGUGAAUAUCUUUUCCUGAGGUUGCUAAUGAAAGAAUAAAGUUUUAAAUCAUAGUUCCUUGACAUUUUGGUGGUGGGUUCGAGAUAACAAUUCAGACACCUCUGAAGCACUACCAUGUAUGGCCCUUGACCUCAACCCUUGUUGAAAUCCCCCCAAAGCUGGACAGAGGUCAAGUACAUUUAUCUAGGGUCAAAAGGGUCUAGGAGCCAAGUCCUGAGAUGCUGCCCUGAACCAAAAGCCCCUCGGCUUUUGGGAGAUGUCAUAAUGUCUGGAACUGACCUGGACUCUCAUUCAAAGGCUGUACCUCUGUAAUAGGUUAAUAUGUCAAAAACAAUAAUAUGAAAUUU